AUGCUCGAGUCGAUGUACGCCCCAUCGCAGCACGCGCAUACGCACAGCCAUGGGCAGGGCCACGCCACGACGAGCGGCGACUUUGGCUCGGGGAACGACCACCUCGAUGCGAUGCUCGCCGACUACAACGACACCUACCACAACGGCAAGACGCUCUUGGACCAGGAGUACUACCAGCCCAUGACCUAUGGCCACGACGACGACGUCAUGACCUUCUUAUCGAACCAUCGAGCUGAGGACGGGGCGCUUGGUGGUGGCGCCGUGAGCUCAUCGAACCCGAACUAUGACUCGUCGUUCGGCACCACGACCAGUAGCAGUGGCAUGUCGACUACCUCGAGUCUGUCCAACAUGGGUUCACCGCAAUAUUAUGCCGCACCUUCUUCGACCGCUUCGAGUGGCAGUCACGCGUUCGGAUCGCAUGGCAACGCCGCCGGAACCACCACGGCGCCUUCGCCGAGAUCGGCACAAUCGACCUUUGCUGCCGAAAACCCGACCGCGAGUUCCUACGCCAGUGCGUCCCCUCCUUUCGGGCCCGACUCUUCUGAAUCUCAGGCAAGCGACGCACGGUACCCAUCUUUGCCGUAUGAACAAUCUUUGGAGUACGCGAACGCGUAUGGCACCGCUCGGGGUGUGACCGGUAGCCAACUCGAUGCCUACGCUCAGGGUCUCACUGCCGCUCAUGCCGACUCGUCGAACUCAAACGGAGGUCUAUCAUUGAAUGCACUCAACAAUAGCAACGAUAUCCGAGCACGCACCGCGGCGUAUAGUCAGAUGCAGAGCGGGAUCCCGUCCUUCCAACCGGCAGGGUUAUCUUUCCCGAGCCAAGGCCAGGCGGAUCCGAAUGCUAAUACCUACCUCAGUCCGGACGCACAAGAGCAAUUCGUCUCAGCUGCUCAUCAGUACAGGCUCUAUUCGAUGGCCCAGGCUCAAGGCCAAGCGCAAGCACAGGCCAUUGCUCAAGCGCAAGCCGUCGCGCUCGCGCAGAAUCAUCAGCCUGCGCAAUCGUUCGCGGCGGCUCAACAAGCGGCUCAGCUUCAAGCCACGGCAUCACUCAAGAGUCGCAUGGCGGUCAAUUCGAUUCCGAUACUUGCCAAGACGGAUGGGACCUCGGGUCGACCGACGAAGAAGUCCUCACCGGGCAAGAAAGCGGCCGUAGCUCAAGGAGGUGCCACUGGCGGAGCUGCUGGAAGCGGCCCAACGGCGGUACAGCCAUCGUCGGAGGCGCCUCGACCUGCUCCCGUCGCCGUUCCUACCUCAGCUUUCUUCAACUUUUCGUUCCAACCCACGACUGGCAGUGGCACGUGGGCUGCUGGAAGCGAUGAUGUGAUGAAUUUGAUUGCGAAUGCAGGGACGUCGAUGGCGCGAGCGUCUUGUGAGUCCGCUAGCGCAAAUGACCGAAAGCGUGUCAAGAAAUGCGACAACUGACUCAACUCGCUCUUCUCAGCUGAAGCUCUGCGAACUGGCCUGAACGCCAAGAUGAGUGAGGCGACGGUGGAGGCACAGAUCAAGGCCGAACAGGGUAAUGGGACAUCCCCUACCUCCGACGGAAAGGCCAAGAAGAGCGAUAAGGGCCACAGUGAGUUUUUGGGAUCUUGUCCAGGGUGUGCUCGCGAUACUCAUAUCCACACUUAUUUCGGAUCAGAUGCCGUCGAGCGAAGGUACCGCAACAACAUCAACAACCAUUUGUCAGCUCUCAGGGACGCGAUCCCGGCCCUGCGUCACCUCAAGCCUUUACCUUCGAUGCCCGUGUCUCGUCGCCGCGUCUCACAAUUCACUCUGACGACAGGACAUCAACUGCCAACACCCGAGGGCCUGAUUGACGGUAUCCCUGCGGCCAAGACGUUGUCGAAAGGAACGGUCUUGGGAAAGGCGAUCGAGUACAUUCAUUACUUGCAGCAUGCGCGAUCCGACGGCCAAGAGGAUGUUCAGAUGUUCAAGAAGAUCAUUCUGGAGAUGGUUGGCAAUGGGCAAGCCUUGGUCGAUAUCUUUGAGGCGCGUCGAGCGAUCAGGAAUACCGAGCGCGCGGCAUUGAGGGAGAAGGAGAGGGUUGAGCAAGAAGCGCUUGAUGAGGAGGACGAUACGGGCAGUGGCGAGGACGAGGCCGACGAAGCCGCGGCGAAGAAGGCCAAGGCCAAACCGACGAAAACGUCAUCCGCGUCCAAGAAAGGAGGGAACAAACGUGAGGCACCGAGCGACAUGACGCCGAGGCCUGCUCCGGCCGCUGGACUGCCACCUUCGGUCGUGUCCAACUUUGCACAGCUUCGUCAGCAGCAAGGCACGUCGACGAAGGCCCGUACGGCCUCAUCGUCCGGUACGACUGACGGCUUCUCGCCCUCGUCGAUCUCGUCGACGGAUGACUUCACAGUCCCGGACAUGCGUCAGGAUCAAUCUGCGCAAACCUCCCCGAGCGGUAUUCACUCGGCGCAUUCUGGACGGCCACGCGUCUUGCUUGCGAGCUUUUUAGGUCUCAGCUUCGCGGGUGGGCUCGGGUACGAUUGGACCUACUCGGAUGCUCCCGUCGCGCAGGGUUCGGAGACGGCUCGGGCAUGGGCCGGCCGUCUGGUUGGUCGUUCCCUUUCGACGCCGUCAUCGGGAAGUGCUGUGCGAUCAUCGUCAAUCAUCUCAAGCGAUGUUCUCCACCCCGGCAUCUUGUCGGGUCUCGUCUUCCUCGGCAUCGCAUCGAUCUGUGUCGUCUUGUACUUUGUCUUGAACCCCAACGCCACUCGAUCCAGCUCGACCAAGUCGUUUCCCAUCUCAUCUUCCGAAGUCGCUCAAUCUCGCAGUGUCUACCGACAACGGCGAAGGGCACAAGCGCUUGCUGCGCUCGCGAGCUUGACUGAACAAACCUCGACGAUGCCGCUCUCGUUCGAAGCCGAAUGCCGAGCCGCUUUGGCCGCACGUAAGCAGCUGCUCAAGUUGGUCGGGGCUCCUACUUAUGCGCUGCUCCCUAGUUUGGCGAAGGAGACGCUCGCUGCGCUGUUGAGGAAGGUGACGACCAUCAGGGUUGGUUCGUUCGCGAGGUGGAGUGAGAAGGAUCGAGUGGAGGCGGCGGUGGCUUGGGUCAGGAUUGCGGAGAUCGAGGCCACUGUUGGUGAGUACAUUGCUAAAGUAUGGCUCCCUUGCGGACAUCGGCUUACCACUUCUUGUAUCGAUUGCAGGUGCCGAUGAUGUCAAUUUCCUCGCACGGUGCUAUACCUUCCUUCGCCUGUUCAACCUGUCCCAUUCGGCUUCUUGGCCCGAGACCACACCUUCGACAAACCGAGCGUCCGUGAACGCGAUCCUAUCGGUCCAUUUGCUUUCACUCGGCGAGCCUCUUUCGGCUCAUGCACUCUUCAACAAAGCGGUCCGCCACAUGGAACGAAGUCGCAAAAAGAUGGAUGCGCGCCUCCACCCCUGGGCCGAAAUUGCGCUCGCGACGGACUGGUCUCAGUUCCGACAGAUCGUUCGCGAUGCCUCGAACGAGACCGUGGAUGGAUCUGCUCGUCGUUCGACGCCGUCCGACACAUCUCCUUUGUUGCAAGUCGCCGAAGCGAGGUGCAGUGCCGCGUUGUUGGAAGCUUGGGCUAAGAUCUUUGUCGGCGUAGUGGCGACGACUUGCCCUCCUCCUCCUUCAGCGUCGCGAGCUCCUGUCGAGCGUUUCGCCGACUUGGUUGACCAGCCUUUCCUCGAGGAGACCGUCGCACAUGUGCUUGACUCCACGGUCGUUGGCUCAACCGUUCACACCAUGGCUCAAGUCACCAAGACGGUCUGCGCCUUUUACAACGGCGACCUUGCCCUCGCCAACUAUCUCAUGCACCCUUUGAGGCUCGAGUACAAUGCCCACGGUCCCGCGAGGGACAUAGCCAGCGUCAAGUUGCUCUUCAAGAUUUUGCCUUCUUCAUCUUCCCUCUCCUCGUCUUCACUUUCGUCUCAAGAGGAUUCGUCGUCGACACCUUCGUCCCCCACGCUCUCCUCCCCUUCGUCCUCCCUUUCCGGCGAGCUCGAUUUUGACUCGAGCUCAGACGACGGAUCGACCCCCUCCCUUGGUUCAAACGACGUCGACCACCUCGCUUCCAUCGUCCUAAAUUGGCUCCUCAUUCGUCGCCGGCUCUCCUUCCCGAUCGAUAAAACCCCGACCACUUCCCCUAAAGCCGACCCAGCCUUACAUCGCGAUGCGCUCGCCGUGCGUCGUCAAUUCGCUCACGCGCCCUACCUCAACUCGACCUCCCUUCGUGAAUUUUGCGAAUCCUUUGACGGAGGAGACGAUACCACGAAUUCGGUCGGUCGAUUAAGUCUCGAUGCUGCCGUCGAUGCAUGCUUGGAAUCGUUGACGAGCGUGACGAGAAGAGCGGCCGGUUUGAAGGCUUUUGAUUUGGAGCGGUCGGCUUGGGCUGAUGGGGGGGAUGAUUCGGGCGUCGAACUGGAUUGA